AUGGCACCUAUUGUGGACAACGAAAAUCUGCUUAACGACUUCAGGAACGUUCAUUUAAAGUCACCAGUGAAAAAUAAUGUGCUAAGUCCUAGAAAAAGUAAUUUACAAGAAAAGGGCAUGGAUGUGGAAUCAUCAAGUGACAAAAACCAGGAAGUGGUACAAUUUGACCCCCAGCUUGAGCCUUUAUUAAGAGACAAUCCGCGACGCUUUGUUAUAUUCCCGAUAAAGUAUCCAGAGAUAUGGCAGAUGUAUAAGAAGGCAGAGGCUUCUUUUUGGACUGUAGAAGAAGUAGAUCUAUCUAAAGAUCUUGCAGACUGGGCAAGUCUAAAAGACAGUGAGAGGCACUUUAUUAAGCAUGUGCUCGCAUUCUUUGCUGCAUCAGACGGCAUUGUCAAUGAGAACCUUGUGGAAAGGUUCUCACAAGAGGUACAAGUCACUGAAGCCAGGUGCUUCUAUGGUUUCCAGAUUGCAAUGGAGAAUGUUCACUCUGAAAUGUAUUCUCUACUAAUUGACACAUAUGUUAAAGAGCCACAAGAAAGGGAAUUCCUGUUCAAUGCUAUUGAGACUCUACCUUGUGUGAAAAAGAAGGCGGAUUGGGCAUUAAACUGGAUUGCAAGCCAGACUGCCACAUUUGGCGAGCGAAUCGUCGCAUUUGCAGCUGUUGAAGGCAUAUUCUUCUCUGGCAGUUUUGCUUCUAUAUUCUGGCUUAAAAAACGAGGACUUAUGCCGGGAUUAACAUUCAGUAACGAACUCAUAUCUAGAGAUGAGGGUCUGCAUUGUGACUUUGCGUGCCUAAUGUUCAAGCACCUGGUGCAGAAGCCUUCUAAAGCUCAUGUAUUAAAGAUAAUCAAGGAUGCAGUAGUGAUCGAACAGGAGUUCCUUACAGACGCGCUACCAGUUCGCCUGCUGGGUAUGAACUGUGACCUAAUGUCUGAGUACAUUGAAUUUGUUGCAGACAGGCUAUUAUUAGAACUCAUUGGAGAAAAGCACUACAACACGAAGAAUCCUUUUGACUUCAUGAACCUCAUAUCCCUGGAAGGCAAGACAAAUUUCUUUGAAAAGAAAGUUGGAGAGUACCAGAAAUGGGGUGUUAUGGCAAACCAAAUGGAUAACGUUUUUACUUUAGAUGCUGAAUUUUAA